AUGCUCCAAGAGCAAUUUUCCACGCCAGCAGUGCGGGAAUAUUUUGAAAGCUUGGGGCUUGAUGUCUCAGAUGCCUGGUCCUUCUUCAAGCUACUGGAUGUCGAUGGAGGAGGGGCAGUGGAGAUCGAGGAAUUCCUCUUGGGUUGCUUGCGCUUGCGGGGGCAAGCCCGGGCCAUGGACAUUGCGAAAUUGAAGCCUGACGACCAUGGCCGCCGACCGUGCGUGCGCAUGCGUGCGCAUGUGUGUGGGUGCCGGGUUUGA